AUGAACAUCAUAGGACGUGCUCUGUGUAUCUUUGCUGUCCGCGCGGACUGGGCCGCGGCAGCAGCGGCGACAGCAGCGCCGAAAGCGGCGGAAGACGGUCCUCUCGAUUUCGAAGCCUCCUCCCUGAUACCUCAACCCCAGAGGUCCAGAGCAGAAAGCGAUAAUUUUUCUCGACGCACCCCGGUGAAUCCAGAGCGCAUGUUGUCCCGCACCCACGCCGGUAAAGUGCCGCCGAAGCAGGGUCUUCGGGCUGACGUCAGGGCUCCCUGUAACAACACUAGCCUCCAGGACUUGCAGAAGCAACACACAGCGCUCCAGCCAUACGAGCCGCUCUGCCGAAGAUAUCAGAGUGAAAAUGUGCCCAGAGCGUGGCAACGACAACCCAACGGAGCGCUGCAACAGCGGUCGCUGGACACGCAGGAGCAUAAUAUGAUGGAGCGCAGAAAACGACCCUUGUACUUCAAGAAGCGGAAACUGAUCGACCUUCGUAACAAAGUACAGCCCUUGAAGAGGCCACCGGUGCAUGACCUACAGCAGGGUGAGAAGUCGGAACAAAAGACUUUCCAGGUACCGCUGGUAGGCGGGCAGCAGCACGCCGACAAACAACACAACGUUCUUCAACACAGAGAGCAGGACAAACCACAGCAAGAGCAAUCGACGCGCCCGCGGCCGCAGCCUCAGGCGGAGAAGAAGUUGCCGCUCAUGGGAUAUCAGCACGGGAAACAGAACGAGAGACUUGAGAGCAGACGGAGACUGCAGCUGUCUGGACCACUACAGCAGCAACACGAAGGACCCGGGGAGCUCCACCAGCUGCAAGGUACGCGAUACCGGCAGCACAAUAAGGGAUCCCGUGGAGGACAAACGGUGAAGGGGUUGCUAGAGGAACAGGUGCAGCCAGAUCUGAUCUCACUCAGAAAGCCGAAGCUUCAACUUCGGCGUAUCGCAGAGAGACAACGAGUGGUACAGAACAUGACAUAUGUGCCUCGAGCGUUGCAGCACAUUGUGCAGCGGCAGGUCUUUGAUUUUGAGACGGCGCGGGAACAGCGAGAGGACGGCCACAGGAAAAGAGAGGAUGGAAAAGGUCACAAUGAGAAGCAAGUUCAACCUGUCGAGGCUCCCCCAGGUAGCGCGCCAGAUGUCCGUGAGCAAGAGCAAAAAGUUUUAUGGGGAGGCACGGGUCCUGAUAUGCAGCUGCCGCAGCGAGUAAACUUGUCUCAGGUGUUGAUUCAAAACUCCGCACAGCUAUUUUUCAACCAGGACAAGCAUCAGCAACGUGGGAAUAGUACUGUCAAACCCAACAAUGAAAGCGGGGGUACGGGGGAAUACAACUGGCAGCAACAUGUGCGCGGGCAGCCCGGUCGCAGUGAUGGCGAGGAACAGCAGCGGGAACAAGAAGCACAACAAGAACGGCUCCAGCAGGAGCAGCAGCGUCUGCUUGAUGAGCUUUUUGCUCUCGGGCGCGAAAUAGACAAGGGACAGCGGCUCCUGAGGAGGUAUCAAACAUUGCGACAGCACUUGCAGAUGCUUCAUCUGCAGCAGGACCAGCUUGUGCAGCAGCUACAGCUUGUAAAGAAGCAAGGUAAGCAAAAAGAACAACAAGAGAGGAUGCACCAGCGCCAGCAGCAGCAGAAUCUAUCACUUGUGCCCACUAGUGAAGCCGGUCGAGCCACAUGCGCAGCUGACAAUUACCCACUGUUUGAAAGCUUCCUCCAGUGGAACCGCCUGCAGGAAGCGACCACUCAACUGCUUGCGCUAAACCCGCACAUCUUUGCCGCUGGAGAGGAUUCGGCCAAGAUCCCCGCAGCGUCCUUCGCUACGCCGUUUACAUCCGCUUGGCCGUCCAUCGAGCACAAUUCGCAGAAACAUAACGACACACUUUUGCCUCAGGAGCAAUCAGCGCAACGUCUUCGUCGAGAGACAGACGUUAAGGGAAAGGCGAGCGACGCUGAAGACCGAAGAGAGGACGGGAAUGUCGCGGAGAACAAAAGUGAUGCAGACAGCGCUUCACGCACACCGACAGCCUUACAUUCUCUGGAUACCACGCACAAUCGUGCGCCACGUCCUUCUGAAAUUUCCAUGGAUCAUUCGGAGGGCGCUUCGUUGCUCCCAGCUGCAUCCACAGAAGACUCCGCGCUGUUCGCCUCACACCGCCAGUACAGGAUCAGCGACACUCCAGCGUAUGGCGAAUACACGAGCGAAGAAGAGGGGAAACAGCAGAAGAGUGAACAGCAAGAUGGCGUGCGGGUGGGUCCAGUCAUGCAGCCCGUCGGGCUAGCUGGAGACUCCCUCGCAAGGUCGGCGAGUUUGGCACGUACGUCUAACAGAGAGAAAGCUAAGCGGGCUCCCGGGACCAAAGGACAGAGGAAUAGCCACAGAAGCGCAGGCGCGACAGCCCUCGAGAGCGUUAACGAAGCCACAGCAGUGGAACGGCGACAGCGCGAACGCAAGUUUCGAACAGAACACCCCCCUUCCGAAAACCAGAAGCGUCCAGCUACCGAGACGUCAGGUGACAGAGCAAGUCCCCACGCGGCAGUGUAUCCAAGUCUGUCAACGUUUGUAUUGCUGGAGCUGCCGACUGCUUCACAAAUUAGUGCAGUGAAGGAAGAAGAACACUGGGGCACCCCGCGAGAGACAAAAAGAAAUUGCCCUACAAGGCGCCCUGAAGAGAAGAACAGCGUGAUGGUGCCAACGCCAGGAAGAGCAAUUCGCUCAGGCAGCGUCAAACCUGACACAGGCGCCGUGAGAGCGACCGCUACAGCACGGCCAGCACGCCUAUGUGAGACGCAUCGUGCGGAGGGAGCCGAAGGAUGCACAAAUAUGCUCUCCUGUACAAAGCGAAAUCCCUCUCAAGAGAAGGUGCAGCGUUGGGCCACGUCGGCCGGUACAAUGGAACAUCCUGCAGAAGAGUCUGCGCUGUUGCGGGAAGCGGGAGAUAGUGUGGCUAGACCAACUCACGAGCACGACGGGGAUGAACGACUGCAAGCAUCGUUUGGCGGGAGCGACUCAUUUGUAAAAACGGAGCAAGGCGCGGACCAGCCUCACCCCGAACAUACAAGGCGAAGGCAUACGCAGCAGGAAAAACAGCAAUACGAGGAAAAACUACACGCACGGAUGAAACACGUUCAGCAGCAACAAGAGGAGGUGCCUAAGGUAAGGCGCGACUUGGAGCAACAGAACGAAAAGCAUCCAAAGCUACGCAACAUCUCCGUCUUCAAGAAGUCAAGGCUGCAGCACCCGGGGACUCAUGCACGUUUGCAAAAGACCAAGAGCGAAGGACCCCCUCUUUAUAAGAAGAAGAAAGGCGUAGGCCGCGCUGCGCAGAAGCAGCAUUCUCCACGGCCGCCCACCCCGCGGACCCCUCAGAAGCACUUUCUCUGCUGUGCGCCGGAGCCGCACACUUUGUCCUCGUCGUCGUCGUCGUCAGCGUGCAUCGGGUAUCAGUGCGUAAACGGCAGAAGCAUGAAGAGUUUUACUAAAGCUCACUUGCAGUUGAGCUUGUGCACAAGCAUUCGCUCUGCCGUGGUUCUCUCGACCUCUGUGGUAGUGCUCCCCCUGAUCCGAGCUGCUAGCAGCGCCAGCAAAACGGUAGCACCCUUCCGUUCCAACACCGGGGCCCACUAG